CAACCAGGGUUUACUUUUUUUAUAUAAAGUAUGUACUUAGUCGUGUGAAACAGGCCCCGCGAUGUGCCUUUGCACCCUCUAGCCCCGCACACCUCUAGCACCGGCCCUGGCAUCACCUUUUAGCACGAGGAGAACGAAGUAUACAGGAGGCACGAACCAGCAAAAUGAACAUUUUAUUAGCAGUGCCAAAUUCAGGUUGAGGAAAGGAGGUCACAGAGAGAGGGGGUUAGGGUAUAGGAAGAGUUCCAAUAGUCAAUUGCUGAAAAUGUUUCGAAAGCACACACAAGUAAGUAGAAAGGGUGCGAAGAGUCAAUUGACAUUCAAUAGAAAUGCGCUGGCCUAAUAUCAAUAAGAAGUUAGUGAAAAGUCAACCAUUUGUACACUGACAGUAAAUUUACAUUAUAUCGAGUGAUGUUGACCAUAGUCAAUCGACUGCAAAUUGAAAGCAAGUAGAUAUUUUUGUAAAGGAAAUGAGUUACCUUCCAAAUUGGCACUGAAAAUAAAACAAACCAGCUGGGGCCGAACGGGUCACUUUCUUUGCGAACGAAGUCUAUAAAAAUGAAAGCAAUAACUGGCACAUUUCUUCUUCUCAAUGUGAUGGCAUUCGCACCGAAUGACAUAUGAUUUAUCAGACGACAUUACGCGACUUACCUCCACCCGCUGUCUUUUUCUGCCUCCGCAAUCUCCAGCUGCCUAUAUCGUUGGCACAGCAUACUGCUUGAGGUAUAUUCGGCUUUUGCGUGAAAACUCCAAAUUGCUCUUCGAGUCGAGUUGCGCGUUACUUCUGUAACACUCAUGAGCGAAAUGACCGAAGCAAAUCGCUUCGAAGAAGGUGGCGACCAAUUGGAGCUGUAACCGACUGCUGCAGUCCAAUAGCUUUCCCUUUGGUCUUUCGGAACUUUUGGAAACUUAGGUUUGAAACAUUGGAACUGUACGCUGUAUUGUUCGUGCAGUCAGGAGCAAACCACUGACGUAUGUUCGGUAGGCAGCGUCGAACACGGAAAGCGCCGGAAAGCCUCCUGAACAGCCUAGCAAAUGCUUUGGAGUCGGAUGAAGCAAAACUCAACUUCCUUAGUCCUGAGUCCAACUUCCUGAGCAAUGAGGUCACAGUAACAUAAUUGCCUACCAAUAGCGCAUUACUGUUAUAUCACUACUUGAAUCUCAAUCUACGCAGCAGACAUCCCCGUCGGCUCUGCACAAGAAAAUGUGCACCAAGCAAAAUGUGAUGCGAAGCCAAAACAUGCCCGACCUGAAGUGUGCCGUCGACACAAGGUCUGCGGUCCGCAAGUCGGAAUGGCAGUGAAAGAAAAGAUUCACUUUUCAAAAAAACGGCGACUAGUUCUCGGAUAACUACCUAGCACGCAUAAUCAGUGUUCCCUGAUGAGCACAUCGUAUGAGUAUCGUUCCAUUCUGUAACACUCGAAAAUCGGAGUAGCUGAGCUUUAAACUGCAGAGUACAUCUAUUGUCAACGUACAUGUCAGUUAUUAACAUACUAAUCGUGUGCAUACUUGUAUACGCUUGUGUUGCCGCUGACCCGCCCAGGUACGCCCCAUACUCCACCGAAAAAUUUCUGGGGUGUCUGCCAGGAAAUCAGCUCAUGCCUGCCAUGCGUACCAUUUUGCAAUUCCUCGCUUCGACAGAAUUUUUUUACACGCUGUCAUGCUCUGUGUUUGUUUGUUUCUCGUGCUUUGAGUUUUUUGCGCUUGAACUCCCCCGCACUGUUUCUUCUGGCCCUUGUGCUAGUGGUCCAAUUGUGACCCACCUUUCAUUUCGCCUUCUAUUUUAUGCUUAAGUUUCUGGUGAUGCUUUCAUCUAUUCAAUUUCGUUUCUCACAUCUGGGCCUGUGUGCCUCACAAUGUGUAUAAUUUCUAUCCAAUGUGUAUCUUUCUUCUCCCCCCACGCCGCACCACCAUCCUCUCCCUUCCUUUCUUUACAUAUAUUGAGCCCAAAAUAACGCGUCCUGGAGUCCCGGGUGUUUUGGGAUUCAUCUCCACUUUUCUUUUGCUAAUCAAUCAAUCAAUACGUAGAGUAAUACAUGUGGACCCAGGCAGCACAUGGUGGGACUAUAGACGUCUAAAUGACGUCUAACAAUAGAAAAAAGGGAUGCCUAUACAAUGGCUAGGCCUACAGGCUAAAAAUCUCCCUUCCGCGUCGUAUAGCAGCUGAUAUGAAUUGUAGACCACACUUAAAGACACUCAAUUGAUUUCGUGAUUAUUUUUUUUUCACGUCUGCAGGGGGGGGGGGGAUAUGUGAAGGUGAAAUACGCGGAAAGGUUGACAGGUUGGUGAGAGCUACAAGGACCUGCUGCACUGCACCCGUUAGCUGAGGCUGCAGGCAGGGCCGGCGAGAGGGUGGGGCAGACGGGGAUGGCGCUCAGGCCACUUCAGGGGCUCGCAGUAUCCGAGACCUGUCGUAAUCACACAAGGAAGAAAUACUGCACUGUGUUAUCACGACGGUAUCGUUAGGAGGGGACCCCGGCACGACCCAUCCCUGGGGUCCGUAAUUUCACUCGCCGGCCGUGACUACGGGCAGUAAACACUGAAAUACGGGGUCACUGGGACACUGGAGUAGUCAUGGUUAAAGCGAGACAGUCAACGUUUAUGCUUUCGACAUAUGGCAUUAUUUUCAAAUUAUAGGUGAUUCUUUUUAUUUUGUACGUGCGGACUAAACGCGCGUGCGGUAUUUCGCGCAACAGUGGCUGCCUGAUGAACUGUGGACGUUUAUGCUUUCGACGUAUGGCAUUAUUUUCAAAUUAUAGGUGAUUAUUAUUUUGUACGUGCGGACUGAACACGCGCGUGUAUGCGGUAUUUCGGGCAACAGUGGCUGCAUGAUGAACUCUGCACGUUUAUGCUUUCGACAAUUGCAUUAUGUUCAAAUUAUAGGCGAUUCUUUUUAUUUUGUACGUGCGGACUAAAUACGCGUGUAUGCGGUAUUUCGUGCAACAGUGGCUGCGAACUUUGAAACACAGGCAAAGCCUAGAGACCCUGCCUGGGUCUGUCAGGAAUAGUUGCAGGGAGUCUGCCGCAAAGCAUUGAGAUGGUGGAUUGUUCCAGGGCCCUGUGAGAACUUUCUGAUGCGGGCACCAUUUCUCAUUUGGAAUUAACGCUGGAAUUGUUCUACUGUUCUAAUUUUUCUGUUGAGCUAUUUCUGUCCCCUAGCUACUGCGCUGAUUCCACGGGUGAUGGAGUUAGCAGAAAGUUCGACCAGAGCCGUGUACAAGCUCGAUUUUGUGCAACCAACUCCCCCGUCCCGUUCUUGGAAUCUCAGAUAAACCAGUUGCAUCAUCGAGCUCGGAAAUGCGACUCAUAUAAUGUAGUAAAAGUAACAUUACCUUUUUUAAAGAAAGCAAGUGGUUCAGGUAACAACUACACUACUUUAUUUAAAGACGCUUAAUGGGGAGGUUCAUCGCCAGGGGCGAUACUCUAAACCAUUGCUGGUGGCGAUAUGGGGAAUGAAAUAAUGAGCCCCUUCACAAUAUAAGCAUCAAGGUCCCAUUGUGCUUCAGGUAGCAUGCAAACGCAAAAGAGCAUAAUUUCACACAAAGCGAAGUUUCUACAAAAGACGUGGGAACGAAACAGACCAUUUGGAGCAAAACGCAACAUUAGCUAGUGAGCUAGUCAGCUGUUCUUGCUAGCUAGUCAGCCGUUCUCGUGGUCUCCCGUUUUUCGAAUAUAAACGGUGUUUGCAAAGCGCACAUGAGGACCCGAAAGGAAACCAUAACGCCCAUGUCACAGCGUCGCACGUUCAACCCCAAGAACACACACGGUCCUCAGGAUGUCCCCACAGUGUCCUCGUCCUUCGAGGUGUAUCCCCAGAUUAUCCUGAGGAUGACACUCAAUGACUGUCUGUGCCAGUCCCUGUGGGUAGCUAGCGGGACGAGAUAUAUUUCUUAGUUUAGUUUACCUGCUCAGAUUCCCGGAAUAGAAUUUCCGGAAUACAUUUGUUUUGUUUUUAGGUCGAUCCUUUGACCGUAUUGACAUUUUUCUGAAACAAAGGGCGGUCCAGCGUAAAAUUCUCUGCCUCCAAAAAGGAUGACUGUCUACGAUACAUGGAGCAUUUCUCGUGGAUACUUCAAUCAAUUCCUCACUUGGCUUUGCGUAAUCGAAAGAAACGUGGACAGCUCACCAUUCGUUUUGUGUUGUAGGCGAGCGGUGCUGUCGCACUUAACGAAGGGUCGUGUAACAAUCAACAUAUAGUAUCUGUUUUUGCUUCGGAAGAGAAUUCUAGUAUCUUUCGUAGUGUGAUUUUCUAUGUUUUUUAUAUUUCUCUCUGCUUCCUUUUUAAACCGCUGCGCUUAUUUUCCGCUAUGGAAAGCGCUAGGAACGAGCAGCCAGAUUUUAUUGCGGCAGUUAACGAAUAUGAAAGGAAUCGGUUUGUAACUGUUUUAUGUGCUUGUGCAAUAAAAAAAAACGACGAUACGGUUGAAUGCGUCGGCACAUAAAAAAAAAUAAAAGAAAAAUAGAAAGGAUGUUUCAUCCGAGAAGUGUUCUGACGCUGUUCUAAAGUUGCCCAAGCGGCUAAUGGCCAAUGAUUGGCACGAGAUUGUGUGAUGCGUGGCCAGCCAAUCAUCGGCCAGCCAAUGGUGGUACAAUGUUCCGCCAUGCUAGGCAUGGCGAGCUUGGUACCUGGUUGGCCAACGUGCUUGGCACAAGCAUGUUGUCCAGCGGGUUGUUCGACACAUUGUUCCGUAUACCGGUCAUGGGAUGUGGAAAUGAAACUUUUCUAUUACGGUUAACUGCGGCACCCUCCAUCUGAGUAAUAACAACCAAGCAUUUGUUUUUGUAGCUCUUACCUCAAUAGUGUAUCGAUCACAGGUACGUCGCUGCGGACACAUUUUCUCACCACAAACUAGAAACCUUUUCAUAAGUGCUCGUAAACCUUUAUUUUCAUCUUUCCUGCUAUCGUUUCGCUUCCUCACAUCAAUCAACGUGACAUAUUUCACCUCCGUCGGUCACAUGUCGCAGUAGUUAUUGUAGGCAUGACCCUGAGUUUGGGUUUGACAGCACAUGUUAACAGGACUAGACUUCGACAUCCGCGUCGUACCGUAUAUAUUAUUGCGCAGCUGUUCCAUCCACAUCCUUCUACAGCAAAACUUAUCCUUGAAACGAUCACUGGCACGCGAUAUCACGACACAGUAUCCAACCAGCGGAACAACUCACUCCAUAUCUCACACACAGCGGGUAUGCAGACGCACACGCACACGAUCGCCAUAUCUGUGCCCGCAGCUACGAAAAAAAAAAGAAAAAAAAAGGAAACGCUACGUAAUAUUACGGCUCUAUUUUUUAUUUUUCGUUUGAGGAAUUUGUACCGUUUAAAUAAAUCUUGAUCCACCAGUGCAAGUUGUCAUUCCAACCGGAGCUACUCGCAGUCAUUUGGUGCUUGCCGUGGCUCUGAAGCAUGGUUCACACUAGUGCGUUCUGCUGCGUGCGGGCGCCUGCGUGCGUAUGCGUGCGUUGUAAGCAAUCCGUUCCGCUGUUCACAUACCUGCGUCCGAAUGCGUGCGUCACCAACCCGUAAGCCAACGAGCGCCGAGCGGGAUUCCACUCCUGUGGCCGCCAUGUUGAAAACAGUCUCGCAGAGAGAAACCUACUGCGCACGCUCGGAAGGCGGCCUCGCGAUUCGUUCUCCGCUUGCGGGCUGCUGCGUACGUCGGAAAAAGUUGGGCUCGGGCGAACUCCUUGCGUUCUGCUGCGGGAGGUCGCGCACGUAUCUGUUGCCACGGUACCCAGCGCCCGCACGCAUCCGCACGCAGCAGAACGCACUAGUGUGAUCCAUGCUUGACUCGGAUGCGUGCAACCUCAACUCUGUGCUUCACUCGACUCACCGGCCGACGCGCGCUUCACGUCGGAGUUUCAACUGGUAUUGGAGUCUUCAGCGUUCGAGCAGGAUCUAACCGCCAUACAAAACAAAUUCCUCCGCCUCCUAGUUUACUGUCUCGUCUACAGCAGUCAGCAUCCAGUGUUUCUAACUGUACCCAAGAACGGGUUGAGAAUCCAUAUGCAUCCGGUACAAGUUACACGCAGGCCCCAUCUCCAAGAAUAUCUGCCCUCCAGACCUUCCACCCAUCACCUGCUGUGCCCUCUACUAGACAAUCCUAUUCAAUGCGCAACCCGGCCCCCAUACUAGAACAGGAAAUGUUCGGACGAGGUUCCCGAUAUAAUGGGGACACUGAGUUGGCGCUUUCUGAAAUCGACCAGCAAGUUGAUUCUCAGCAAGCAUCUCAGCGCAGGUCUGCAUCAGCAUUUUCUGAGCCCUGGGGAGACGGCCUAGGUUCUUCAUGCAAGAAGGUUCUCCACGCAAUACAUGAAAACCCUACUCGCCUUAGAUGCCAGAUUUAUUGGUAUGCCGCCAAUUCUUUAGCGCUACAUACUGUCAGACUUUUCAGCAACAUUGUUGCCAAUGCAUAUGUACCUUCCUGCAACUCAUUUUGGCCUGGGGCACACACAGAAGCUAGUGCAUAUUCAUAAUGGCUGAGGGAUAGAUAGAACAUGGCAUGAAAGCAAUCGCGCGAUUGAGUGUGUUUAGAAAUGGUUAAGGAUAGCCAAACCGCAGUAAAGAUAUGUUUUGCUCCUUUUGCCUGCCGGUAUAAAACAAGAAGAACCAGAAACGAAGGGCAGUGAGGAUGUUGCAUAUUGCAAUAGUUUGCAAAACUGGUGCACGAAACUGUUUUGUGUGUUGGAGGUGCCUACCCAAGACCGAAUCAGUGCAAUGCUGAACCAAAUGUAAGAUACCACUUACUCAUCCCAUGCACAUCUUGUCCCCUACAGGAUUUCAAACCAAGGCCUUCCAACAUGAUAGAGAAAUGUUGAUUAUGCUGAAAAAACUACAAAAGAAGCACAACCCUUGCAUGGUAACUGUGCAUUUCCCUGAAAAUUGUCCCCAUUUGCCAGCCACGACCUUCUCAGAGCUUCAAGAACUGGACACUUUACUCGAAGAACCUGACAACAUGGCGAAAACGGUACAGUUCUUCUCUAUGAAAGGGGAAUCCGACUAUAAGGACGCCAUCCGUCAAAUCCUCAAGGGCCUCUUGAAACACACUCUUGCCGUGAAGUGUAGCUGGAAAGGGUUUCGAGGAGACAAACAUGCAUUUUCGACACUGCAGAACGUCAGAAGGCUUGUUCUAGAAUCCACUCGAAUCAACUUCGGAGACGUUACUCACAGCAUGGUCAAGCUGGCGAGAAAAAACUGGCUGAUAUGGGCAUGUGACCGGAAUGGAGGCCGCACAGAAAGACGACAUUCGAGCCGCAGCGGCUGCAGCACAGAUCUGUAGCACCUGCUGACUUGUCUACCAACAGUUGUGUGCUCAACAUUACACUCCCCCUUGCUGACCCUGUGAUAUUUUUAGUACAAACAUACUUUUAUUAUUUUAUAUUAUGUUGAUUUUUGCGUUGUUUCGGAGUGUACAGAUAGUGCACUUGAUAAAAAAAUAAGU